UGCGUACUGAGCACCGGCAUACACACCAAAUCAAAACAUUCGAGAGACUGAGCUGUAAACAAGGCGACAUUGAGCGAAACGUGUGCGAAAAUUUGAAGAUUUGUCCAGAGACUUGGUGAAUUUUGUUCUUGUAAUGAGAACAGAAGCAUUUACGCAAUCUGGAAACUGCAAUAAUAAGCUAGCGAUUAUUAUAGAAUGGAGAGGAAAUCGAAUUUCGGGGACUUUUCCUCAAGGGUUCUUUUUUAAGGCCGUUUCAAAUUCCUACCUCAACUUGACGAGUUAUCAUUGUCGGAUUUCGGAAGUAACGUCCGAGUCUGCAAUCAUCUAGUAUUUCCCUAUCCAUUGUUUGGAGAGAAGUUGUUGUCAUAUCAUAAUUAUUGAUGAGCGUGAAAAGUUGUUAGUAACAAACGAGCAAAGAUGUCAUCGUUAGAGAGCGAAGAUUGUGACUUUGAUGGGAACAUCGCUUUGUUUCCUAUGACAGACUGUGGAAGCUUUGAAGAAUCAGAGUUAGACACGCAUAGUAGUAUCAGUGAGAACGAAUCUAACAGAGACGCCUCAGACGAAAAUGAAAGUGACGAAGAAGACAAAGGUCGUGAUGACAGGUCUAAAGCUUUCCUUACUCUUCGGCAGAGAAGAUUGUCCAGAGCUUUGGCCACAUUUGAAAAUCUCAAAGUCAACAUCAAUAGAGCCCAAAGAAAUUGGUUAAAUGCCAUCAGGAAAGCGAGACAUAUGGAUGACCCCUGGGAGAAGUUUCACUUGGACGAAUAUCCAGUGGAAGUUUGUUUCAGGCAUCGUUACAAUGCUCUCAGAAAAGCGUGGUUGACGGAUGAAGUCAAAGUGAAGAUGGAGAAGAAGCCUUUCAACAGAGGUGCAAUGAGAGAGUGCUUCAGGCUUAAGAAGUUGUCAAGCUAUGUGGGUGCGGAAAGUUGGAACCACACUCACAACUUUGUCGCGAAACGUUACAUGGAAGCAGUGGAACGGGACGUCUAUUUCCAGGACGUGAAGCUGCAAAUGGACGCCAAAUUGUGGGGGGAAGAGUACAGCCGACACAAUCCACCCAAAAAGGUGGACAUAUUCCAGAUGUACAUUCUUGAGUUCAAGAACCGACCAGAUUCACCGCUGUACCAUUGCGAGCAUCUGAUCGAGGGCAACUAUAUCAAGUAUAACUCAAACUCAGGAUUUGUGGACGCUAAGCUGAGAAAUACACCACAGGCUUUUAGUCACUUCACGUUUGAGCGGUCCGGCCACCAGAUGAUCGUGGUAGACAUUCAGGGCGUGGGCGAUCUCUACACUGACCCCCAACUCCACACAAUUGAUGGAAAAGAUUACGGUGACGGGAAUCUUGGCGCGAAAGGCAUGGCGUUGUUCUUCUACAGUCAUGUUUGCAAUGAUAUCUGUCAUAGCUUGGGCUUGACACAGUUCGAUAUCUCCGAGAACGAGACAAAGAUGCAGAAUGACAAUGAAAAGAUGGCGGCCAUGGUAGCGGCUUGCACAAUGGCGCGGGGAAAUGAAGAACUUUGUCAAACCCCAUCUCCGGGAGAAAGUAUCGAUAUCACCUUGGUGUUAAAACGUCAACGAUCCACGUCACAGAGUGAUUCUGGAUUUGACGGGAUGUUAACUCCCUUGGAUGAGGAGCCAAUGUCACUGGAGACCGGGUCACCGAUCCGCAGUCCAGCCUAUCAGAGAAUGCGAGUGCGCUACUGUAGCGAGUCAGAGAGCUCAAUUACUUCAACGCAGGGUGAGAGGCGAGAUUCAUUGCUGCAUCAAAGGGAGGAGGACAUCCGAAACUUCCAACUGCAGAUACAACAGAGGCACCGACCCUCAUGCGUCGCUCUGGAGAAGGACCUGCGUAAGGCUAACUUCACCAGCAAAUUCAAUGAUUCGGCACUUGGGAAGAUUCACCACGAGAUGGCAAAGUAUCACGAGGUCGGUCGAUUCUGUGACAAGAAAGAUGCUGACAUUGACUGGGACUCAGCUCUCUUCCACGAGAUUCACGCUGCUGAGCUCGGGGAGCUAGAGGCCAUCCUGACAAUGGCAAAACUCUACCUCGGCAUGGAGAGGGACGUUCUCAUCAACUGUGUUGUUGCGGAAGAUGAGGACAACGUAGAGCUUGGUUUUGACUACAUGGUGCAAGCAGCUGACGCUGGAGAUCGGGGAGCCAUGAUCUAUGUUGCUAAGGCGUUUGCGACUGGCCUGAACCUUGGAAAGAGAAGGGAGAUGUCGUGGGAAGAUGCUAUCCACUGGUAUGACGAGGCCUUGACCUCAAUGAAUGACAAUGAUGAGGGUGGAGAGUACGAUUCCACCAUGUACGACCCUCCGUUCACAAUUAUGGCGAACAUGGCGGAAAUGUACUUGGCAGGCGGACAUGGGCUCGAGAAAUCGCCUGAACGUGCAGCGGAGAUGUACAACCAGGCAGCCGAGUCAGCUAUGGAAGGGAUGAAAGGACGCCUGGCCAGCAAGUAUUACGCCCUCGCUGAGGAGGCAGGUGCCCUGUGUGAGGCAGAGGAAGAGUAGCGAGGUGAAGUGUAGUGAAAUGAAGUGUAGCGAGGUGAAGUGUAACGAGGUCAAGAGUAGUUUGAAGGAGAGUAGCGAGAAGGGGUCUGGUGCUGUCACCUGUAUUCUGAUCAUCGACUUUCAAAACCUAUCCUAUGUCAACAACAUAUGUCCGAUAAUCUGGAGAAGGCUUAUCAUUACACAUCCUGAACAAACUUUAUUGUCUUGUACAUAAAGAUAACUGGUGCCCAUUGUGUCUUCAUUGAAAACAACUGUCCUGUCUUCUGAACAAAGACUUUAGGAAGAGUUGUGAGAUAGAAUCACAUACCUGUUCAUGACUUUGGAACAAUAAUUGAUGUAAGGAGGUAGCAGGGAGCCCAUGUGACUUAGUUGUAGAAGUGGUAGUAGAGACAAUGAAUGUAUGUGUUGAAAAGGAUUACAUUCUGGUUGAGGGGUCACAUGUCUCAUUUGUGGAAUGAUUUGAACAUGUUUGUGUAUCUCUACGAAUGGUCAGAUUGUGACAACUGUAACGUCUGCGAGUUAACUAUACAUAUGCCAAGAAUAAAAUGUCUCGUUGGACAUUACCUGUAACCGUGUACUCAAGACUUAGUCAAUGUUUGAUGAAACUCCUCGGAUCGGAAACUAAGGUCAACAACUGGCAAGACUUAGUUUGAAUUAAUUUCAGACUCACAAUUAAUUUCAGACUCACAAUUAAUUUGAGACUCAACCAACUUGGGAAUUUCUUUGACGACUAUGACAGAUUUAUAGAGAAUUUGACACCAAAUUAAUCAUCUGUUUGUCAAAACCCACAUUUUUUGUGGGAUACCAAUCGGAUAGAGUAUAUAACACGAAUAUAAUGAUCAGAUUGUCAAAACCUCCAUUUUUUGUGGGACAACAAUUGUUUAAACAUUUAACCCAUUUCAACCAAACAUAAUCAUGUAUAUCUAUAUGUUGGACGUUCUAAAAAAAGAAAGAAUGGCAAAUCAUACAUACAGAGGAUCAGUGCUAGAUACAGUUAGGUGCAAGUCAAUGUUUAUUAGCUAUUACAAGCUUAUAUACGCAGAAAUAAAUCUGUAUAUAUCAUAUACCCAAGACGUUUCAACUGUGGUGACAACUAGUGAAACCAUUUACUGACUUCGAGACAGUGUUAUGGUUGCUAUUGGCUGUUUCCACAGAGAAUUGACGAAUGCUGUAGUUUGCUGUUGUAUUUAUAACUCAAAUAGUUUUGUAGUCUUUGAUUGCUAUCUUACUUCAUACGAAAUAGAUAGUGGUUUAAGGUAAUCAGAUAUUGUGUUUCUUAAAUUGUGUUUGAAGUUUUUUUUGUAAAUAUUUCUUUGUAUUGUGUAUUACUAUGUACCGUAAUCUUCGUGUGGGUUUUUAAAUGAUUUGUGAUAUGGAUUGUUUAAAGCAUUACUUUUUUGUGUUCAGUUAAAGUUCAUAUUAUUUUUGGGCGGCAAAAACUGUUAAAAAUAAAAAUUGAUUGGAUUUGGCCUUCCCCAUUUAUUGAUAUUUUUCUUCAAACAUUUUUGCUCAGUUUAAACCACUAGUCGAAUUGUUGAAGUACCAGAGAUCUCUAUAAAUGAUCGAACUGGAUAAUACUACUUAAAUGGCAAAACAUUAUUAACAGGAAAAUCAUGAAUAGAGUGAUUAUUAGUAAUUUGUGUUUUUACUUGAAAAUAUUUGUCCGUUUUAUAAUCCUUGUGUGACAAAAAAUGAUUUUGUGAUAAUGUUUUAAUUGUUCAAGGUGAAAUUCAUUAUCAUGUUUGUAAAUACUCAUUUUUGCUUGAGCUUGAUAGUAAUUUCAGGUUCUUUAUGUUGAUGCAUUGAUUCCAUAUUAAUUUAUUUUUUUUGAUGGAUUUCAAUUUCAAUGUGGUAAGCUUUGUACAUUCCGCAAUUUUGCUCAUUAAUUUCAUCAUCUCUUUCCCAUCAUUGUUUAAGACGAAAACAAAAUGCAUUUAACAGAUAUUUUUUUCUUUCAACAUUUCUUUUCUAAAUGCGACAAAUGGUUUUUAACCAUACUUAACUUGUCUAAGGCUUUUGUCUAAGGUUUACUGUUUUAAUGGGAAUUUAGUGGAUUAUGAAGUCAAUUAUCAGUACUAAUUUACAAAAACAAAAUCAAAAUUGUUAUGAAAUUUGAUUCAACUUCUUGAUAUUAGAUAAAUGAAAUUUGAUUCAACUUCUGAAGUUUGAUUCGACUUCUGAUACUAGAUAAUGAAAUAAGAGACAACUUCUAAAAAUAGGUUAAUAAAAUAUGAUAUGAAUUCUGACAAAGGGUUAUUUUUUUCUAACUGGAUCGUGGCUUAUUUUAAGUUUAUAAUGCUUUUCGUGUAAAUGUAUAAGCUUACCAUUUCUAGGUCGUUUUGGUGUAACCAAAUGUUUGUCUUGUAUAUAUUUUCAAAGAACAGAAUCAUUGCUGGAUACUAUAGGGCAUCUCAUGUACAGUAUCUGUAUGGAUGUAGUGUGGUGGUUGUGUGGUGGUUGUAUGCAGGUUGUGUGGUUGUGUGUUACAUUAUAAACUACAUGACUCUUUAAACAAACAGCUAUGUAAAUAUUUGCUUCAAUGGUCUCAUAUUUUAUAUAUUUUUGUAGAUUAUUAUAAACCCUGGUAACAUGGUAUGUCCCAUUUUUUCUAUUUUAUUAUAUACAUGUAUGUAGAGGUGUUUUUGUUUCUCAAAACCUUGUUGAAAAAACGCAUUUGCAAAUGACUUUUUUCCUUUAAAUUUUAUUGUGUAAUCUCUUUGUUAUAGUUUUUCAUUAUUCUUUUUACUAUUUACUGUUAUGCACUUCUUUAUGCAAUAAAAAAUGAGCUUCUAUAUGUAACCAUUAUUCAAUUUUUUAUUGAUCUGCUGAAUAAUUAAAUGGAUUUUCCUCACUAGGUGCUGUUUUGUAGUAUUUUUGUACUUAAAGUUGUUAAACUCUGUUCACACAAGGAAUGUGGAUGGUCCGUUAUGUAACCAGAAUCGUGACAUUUGUUGAUUAAAACAAUUGAAAAAUUAUUUAUGAAAAUUAAAUAUGAAAAUUUCAUGAUAUUAAAAUAAAAACAAGUUAUUAGGUAUUCUGUGGUUUUCUAAGAUUUUUUUCCAUUCUUUAUUAUUAUCAGCUCACCUGAGGAUUGAUACUUAUGCUGAUAUUUUUGACCUGUUGUAUAUUGUGCAAAAUGUCCAAGACAACUAACCUACAGUACUGUUAUUGGCUAAUUCAUGCUGUUUUUAUAUGGGAGACCAAGUAACUUACAUUGUAGUUAUUACAACCAUUUUCAUUGACUUUGUAUCAAGCUCUGGUAAGCAGUUUCAAAUAUAUAUUAAACAAAUACAUUCAAAAUGAAAGAAAUCAUUUCAACAAAACAACCAACAAACUGACCCACUGUAAGCAGGUUUCAGGUAGUAGUUUUUCAUUAGUAACAAUGAAACCCCUUAUUUAGAUGUCUUGGUUAUAACUGUCUUGCAGCAUAUGAGAUAGGAAUUGUUAAUUCGUAUAUUUUUCUAUGUCUCCCUAAACUUAAAUUUUUGAGUGUAUAAUUUCUCCGUCUUCUUUCUGUCCUAAGUAUCUCAGGUGAACAACUUUGGGUUGGGUUAAAUAUUUUUGUACUUUGCAUAAUGAUUUUCUUGUUGUAUACUCAGAACAUAUAUAAUAUGAUGUUUGUGCAUUAUUUUAUAUUCUUCUUUGUUAUGUUUUUAGAGCUAGCUAUUCUAUUAUUAACUAAGAUGGUUGAUGAUAAGUUUGUUUUCAACGAGGAAAGUAGGUCUUGGAUUAAGAAGGCUUCCUUGUUUUGCACAUAGGUCUUUCAUGUAGCGUAAGAAAGCUUCCUUGAUUGCAUAGACUUCUUUUGCAGGAUUUUUGAGUUGUCCUUACAGUAGUUGAAGGCUUGUUUUUAUAUGGAUUAUGUUUUUUUCAACUAACCUUGCCCUGUGUUUUGGCACACCAUGUUAGCAGUGGCUAUCAUGUACCAUUCGGUGGUAUGUGUUUGGUUUGUAAAUUGUAUUAAUAUUGAUAUUGAAAUGUUAAAAUACUGGUAAAGCUUUCGACAUUUUAUAUAUAAGAGGAAAAACUCUUGGUACAUAGAGUUAGUGCUCUUGAAAUUGUGAACUGAGAUUUUUAGCUCUGUAUGCUGUGACUUCUACGUCUCUUGAAAUUCAAAGUUAUUGCCCUUGGUACAGAAAAGACUUUUGGGAGUUACCGCCCUUGAUAUCUUUAACAGGCAUUGUACUGUUCAUGUUUCUUGUGUUGAAAUAUGUUAUGCUUGAUUCUGAAUAAAAGUCGAAAAAUUA